UUAGUCAUACAUAUCCGUAAAUUCAAGAUAAUUUAAUUUCCAUCGUGACCGUAAGAUGGCGCUAAAAACGCAAGAGCGUACCGCCAUCUUGCUGGAAAAUGGCGCGGCAUAUCAUGCAGGAUUUUCCAGCGGCUCCUGUGGUGGGGAGUGGGGGAAUCUCACUCGAACGCACUCGGCUACUCUCGGCAGUCGGCGGUCAGUCGGCGUUCAGUUGCGGUACGGGUAGAGUGGGCAGGUAGUUGUCGCGCAGUCGAAGGAGGCCAGUCAAAGCGAGCACGAGAUGCCAAUGGUGGGUGGGCAAUGAAUCGCGCGACGUUCCUCGGGUAGAAUGUGACCAGUGAUAAAUCGGCAUAAUGUGGUGCACAAUCGAACUGUAAACCGGGGUCUCGCGAACAGCGCGCGGUAAUGUGAGCUGUAAAAAGUAAAAGGCGACAAAGUGCAGUGACUCGACGUUUGAUUGGUCGUGCACGCAGAGCGGCCCUUCGCGCACACAUACAUGAUCAGGAACAUGGAUCAUCAACCGCCCGGUCGGAAGCAGGCGGUGAAUUCGCCGGAAGUGGCGAUAGCCAACGACGUGUUCGAUCAGUUCUGCAAUGCAAGCACGCUCAAGUCCAUUCUUGGACACUUCAGGCACCUUUGCGAGCUGCUGAAGAUCCGACCAAACUCGAUCAGCCAGUUUUAUCCGAAAUUGAAGGGAAAGCUGCGAUCGUGGAAGGCCCAAGCUCUGUGGAAGAAAUUCGAUCAGAGGGCGAAUCACAAGUGUUACAAUCGUGGGAAGGCAUGCCCCAACACAAGGGUAUUGAUCAUCGGAGGUGGUCCUUGUGGGCUUCGUUCGGCGAUAGAGGCACAACUGUUAGGAGCGAAAGUUGUCGUCGUGGAGAAAAGAGAUCGAAUGUCCAGAAACAACGUCCUCCACCUUUGGCCAUUUGUUAUCCAAGACCUUCGGGGGCUGGGAGCGAAGAAAUUCUUUGGGAAAUUCUGCGCCGGCUCCAUCGACCACAUCAGCAUCCGGCAGCUACAGUGUAUUUUGUUGAAAGUAGCUUUGAUCCUAGGCGUUGAGUUCCACGAGAAUUUAAGCUUCGAUACUUUGAUAGCACCGCCAGAGAAUCAGGAAGAAGGCAAAAUCGGAUGGAGAGCGAAAACAACGCCCGCGGAUCAUCCAGUCUCCCAAUACGAGUUCGACGUGUUGAUCGGGGCCGACGGUAAACGAAAUACCUUGGAGGGUUUCAAGCGCAAGGAGUUUCGAGGGAAGCUGGCCAUCGCUAUAACAGCGAAUUUUAUAAAUAAACGCACCGAGGCAGAGGCACGGGUGGAGGAAAUCAGCGGGGUGGCCUUUAUAUUCAAUCAAAAGUUCUUCAAAGAAUUGUACCACGAAACUGGCAUCGACCUCGAGAAUAUCGUGUAUUACAAAGACGAUACCCAUUAUUUUGUAAUGACUGCCAAGAAGCACAGUCUGAUCGACAAGGGUGUUAUACUGCAGGACCACGCAGACACUGCCAAGCUGCUAGCCAAAGAGAAUGUGGAUCGCGAGGCAUUGAUGCUUUACGCUCGGGAAGCAGCCGAAUUCUCCACGGAAUACCAGAUGAUGGAUAUGGAAUUCGCAGUGAAUCAUUACGGGCAACCGGAUGUGGCUAUGUUCGAUUUCACGUCUAUGUACGCGGCGGAGAAUGCUAGUCGGAUUUUGGAGCGUCGCGGUCAUAAAUUGCUUAUGACUCUGGUCGGCGACAGUCUCCUCGAGCCGUUUUGGCCGACGGGUUCCGGUUGCGCGAGAGGAUUUUUAAGCUCGAUGGAUGCCUGCUGGGCGAUCAAGCAAUGGGGCGCCUCCAUAUCGCCGUUAGAAGUAAUCGCAGAGCGAGAAUCGAUAUACAGAUUGCUCGGACAAACUACGCCUGAAAAUUUGAACAGAGAUUACGCCGCGUACACGUUGGAUCCUCACACCAGAUACCCAAAUCUGAAUGUAUCCUCUGUAACUCCAAUGCAAGUACGAAGUCUCCUCGAUACAGAUGAUCCCGACAGCAUCAAACAGCCUCCCAUGCAAUCUGACGUCGAUAUCCCUAAAAAACGUCGCCGACGCGAUCUCCGUGGCGAGUCUCAAGUCCAUCCAGACACGUUGCUUCGCUGGCUGCAAAGACAGGUCGCUCUUUACGAUUCGGUCCAAAUCGAGGACAUGGGUGCUUCCUUCAAAAACGGUCUAGCUAUCUGUGCGAUCAUACACAGAUAUCGUCCAGAUCUAAUUGAUUUUCACAGCUUGCAACCAAAGGAUAUAGCGACGAACAAUCAGAUGGCCUUCGAUUUACUCGAGAAAGAAUUGGGCAUUUCACCGAUAAUGACGGGAGAAGAGAUGGCCGAGUGCGAUGUUCCUGACAAGCUCGCCAUGUUUUCGUAUUUGACGCAAAUAUACGAGGUUUUCCGCGGCGAAAUCCCGUAUAUUAGACACUCAAAACUAGAACCCGAGAACGAAGAGAGACCUGCUCACAGUAAACAAUUGAGCCAAUUAACACCUGACCAAAAGGUUCAUUUACUCGAUCGUAUCGUCAGUAGGCAAGAGAGCGCAACGAGAACGAGACACUCGAGAUCGCGACAUAACGAAAAUUUAAAUCCCGCCGAUAAGAAGGGGGACACGAUUAGUCGACGAUCUCGAAAGAGACGCAGCACGGAGAAGAUGGGUGCAACAGUGGAGGAAAGGCAGAAGAGACUCAGCGAAAUAGAACAAAAUCGCGCAGAACGUAUGAGAAGGCGACAAUAUUUGCGAAAGAUGGCAACGCAGCAAUUCUACAAAAGUAUGCAGAUGCUGCAGGCGAAUGCGAAACGCGAGAAAGACGAGCCGUUCGAAGAUUAUUCGAUAUUCUUGUAUCGUCAAACAGCGGCGGAUUUCAAGGAUAGAGUGAAAUAUAUAGAACAGAAAAUAUUGCACCCAGAUAGAGAACCCAAGAUACAUGCUGGUCAUCGUAGAAACAGUAUAGAUGAAGAAUUCUCAGGAAGAAUAAAAAAUAUCGAGGAUAAAUUGAAGGGAUCUACUCCAUCCGAAAAGAAGCCCAAGGAUCUUCUACGUGCCAUUGGCAAAAUCGAGAAAAGCGAUUGGAACGUGAAGGAGAUCGAAAAGAAAAUCGAGGAGAAUAAAAUGGGUCGUUCCGUUCGACACGAAAAAGUAGAACGAGUCCCGAAAUGGAGUCGAGAGCAGAUGUGUAUAUGCUUCAUUCAGUUUUUAGCUCGACAAAUCAAGAUGGAGAAGAAGGGGCGUGAUCAGAAGGAUACAGAUAGUAAGUACGCUGAUAUUGACAAUACCCUGAAGAGUAUAGACAGGAAGAUCAAAGAGGGUAAUGUGCUCGGGUACAAUAAAGUCUCAGCUAUGGCUGAGCAGUUUUCGAAUAAAAGUCAAGACGCGGAGCCCAGGGUGCAGAAAUCGAAUAUUAAGCCAACGAUAACGUUGCCUACACAAGGAGGUGCGGAGGUGUGUCAUUUCUGCAAUAAGAGAGUUUAUUUGAUGGAAAGACUUAGUGCCGAAGGGAAAUUCUUCCAUCGAGGAUGUUUCCGUUGUGAAUAUUGCUCUACCUCGUUAAGAAUAGGAAACCAUACAUUCGAUCGGGAGAAAAAUGGAGGACGAUUCUAUUGCACGCAACACUUUGGCUUCUCGGGAACGAUAAAAGCUCGCGCAGAAAAGAAGAGACUUACCGUAUUAAAUAAAGAGAAUAUACCUAAUGCACCUGUAAACUUAAAAACACCUGAAAAGACAAAGAUACCUUUGGAGGGCGUUGUCGGACUUGAUUUGCUCGAUCGUGGUCAAACGCCUGAGAGAAUAGAAUUCGAAAACUUAGCUGGUAUAUCAGAUGCUGAGGAACCUCAAAGUCAAAUGGAUGAGGAUGAAUGGACGGACAGAAAUUUCGGUGCUUCCACUGCAGAAAUGGGCUCUAGUGACGACAUUUCGGACAUGAGUGAUUCAGACGACGAUAACGAAGUAUAUGAGGAAGCAAUAGAUCAACCACUGACAACUGAAGGAACUCUUGAACUUGCUAAAAAUUGGACGUUACGGUAUUCUCAUCCGCAUGCAGAAAUGGGCCAAUCCGACACAGGUAGCAACGAAUAUGAAGAUUCUAGCGAUGAAUAUACGAACGAAGAUGACGAGAGUACAACUGCUACGGAAGAUGAAGAGGAUAUACGUGCAAGAGAACUGAGGAAGCAAGAAGUUUGGCUGAAGCAUCCUACUCGCAGUUCCAGUACGGACACUGGUUCAGAAACGGAGGUUGCCUCUAACGAUGCUACAUCAGAGGAAAGCGAGGAGAAUUCUGCCACGGAAAUAUCAACAGACUCCGAAUUCGAGCACGAUGGCGCGACUCCCACUCAGCACGAGAUACCAGAAAUCACAAUCAACGAUUCGUUUGUCCGCAAGACCAGGGGAAAUUACGCUGAACCUAAGAGAGUUCAAGUGAAGAGCAAAGUUAUAUUACCGUCCAAUGGCAACCUGAAGCAAGAAAAAGUCACAGAUGCAAAGUCACAGUUGAAGAAAACUGUUCACGCUAUUAAUCCUUCCCACCCAGAAAAGGAAGGGAACACAAAUUUACCAGGGUCCAAUCAUAUACACCGAGCACCACUGAUAAAUCCUCGUAAAGGUGAUUAUUUAUUGAAUCGAACCCACUCAACGGAAGGCAUCGCUUCCAAGUUAUCCUUGGAACUGAAGAAGAAGUAUUUACUCGGUGGCACAGCAUUCGGUGGUUCCGUUAUGAAAUCUGGAUCGGCGUCGAACGUGGACACUCAGCUACGAAACCUGACCGACGCCAUUUCUCAGCAUCAAAAGCUCUUGAACCCAGCCCCAGAACCAAGUCCUACGAUGCAAGCGUUCUUGCAAGGCACUAGUAAACUGCGAUCGAACAAUACUCAACUUUCACCCAUAUCACCUACAACUCUCUUCUCCUCGUCUCCGAUACGACCAUACACCGCCAACCGUUCCCCUCAAAAUUUACUAAAUAACGACAAUCCUAUCUACAAAGCCACGAUUUUGAAUGAUGUAUCAAAGACCCAGUUGCCAGACUUGGUAAAGGAAUCGAGUAUUCUGAAGUCAAAAACUGCCCCUAACAUUGUCUGCACCGAGUCUAAGAGCGUGGCAGACAAAGAGACAAAGAAGGUACAAGUAACGUCUAGUCAAAUUAAAAAUACCGAGAUACUGGAGAAUGCGAAAAACUCCCAAAAUGUAGAGAAUAAUUUCACAGGACACAUGGAGGAGACCAACGGUUUCAGGCCACGGAGUCCGUUACACGAGACCUCCAUCAUAGUGCCUCAAGUGGAUUGGAGUAAGAAUAAGGAGGAGACGAAGGAGACAGCCAGUAGCGGGGACUCGGAGAUAGACAGUGAUUCUUUGUCUUCCAGCGAUGGUGAAGCGGAACAAGGAGUUCAGGCUCAGAAAUUGGUUGCUAUGAACUUGUCCCCGCCUCGAUUGCAAAUUCAUAGUACAGAGGGACACCUUUUAUUAGACGAGGAAGCAGAUAAAUGCAGGGACUUCGACGACGGUCAAUCGUUUGAACCCGACUCCAUAGAGUGUUCACUCCUGCGGGACAAAGAGUUGAACAAUAAGGCAAAGUUAACAACACUGGAUCCAAUUCCCUGCGCGAACGAAACGUCGGUGGAACUGGAAAUAGUGAAGAACGAAAUCGAGCAGCUGGAAUUGCAGGACGACGGCAAGAAAAGCGUUAGCAAUUGCAGUAGCCCCACGUCGGUAGCUUCUGCUAUAUCCAACAAGCAUGACGAUUCCGAGGAAAACGAUCUCACCACGGCGGCGCUCACUGAAACCGAAUUCUCAGAAUGGGCUCGCGAUGGCGAGGUUCUAGUUUCAGACGAUCUGCGAGAUGUUGAAUUUAACAUUAAUCCAGAGUUCAUCACGAGAAGGAAGACUACGUCUGACUCCACGAGAUUAGGCUACGGUCCCAUAACAAUAGCCAAAGAAGAAGAUUUGACGGAUCAGGACUUGGAUUCUAUUAAAUUCGAUAAGAAGUCAGCCAUCCUUGCUAAUGAUACCUCGAAACUUCUAGCUAACGGUGAAAACAUAGAUUUCAUGGACACUGAUAACGAUUCGUUAUUGGAUGAUAGCCUGCAAGACGCUUCUAAUAUGGCGAUGCUCAAGAACAGAGGAUACGUCGAAUUUGUGAAUAUUAAAAGCUCUUCGACGCCUGCUGGUUCCCGGGAAAAAUUAUUCGCCGAUGCUCCUAUAGCGAAAUUGGACCUAGAGAAUGAUUCGUGCUCGGAAGAAGAUGUGUAUAAUAAUAGAAAUGUGAUAGAAAUAAAUCCAAUUACGAUGGACGACGUGAGGAAUAGGUUGAACGGUGCUGUGAAGAAAGCAGAAAUAGAAGAAAAUACAGAUGCAAAGUUGAAUAGCAGACAAGAUCAACCCAUCGUUGAAGCAGUGAACAAGGAACUGUUUCAAUCGAUGGAAGAGGAUAGUUUAUUGAUCGUCGAGCCAGCCGAAGAUACCACAACUAGCGAAGUAAUCACAAUUCUGGCCAGCCCUGUCAAUCCACAAGUUUCUAUAGUUCCAGCUCUAACGCAAGGCCCCAGUCAGGAGGAACAGACGAAAACGGUGGCAGACUCCAGCAAUCCGGAUUACUUGGAGUACGUGAAACGUCUACAAUCCCGAAUCGCCGAAUUUAGUAACGCUAAAGAUUCUAUAGACGUGAGAAAGUCGAAGAGAAAGAAUUCGAAGACUUCUUUGCAGUCCCGCACCGCUGAGAUGAUAGCAGAGGAAAUCAAGAGUCAAGAAAUAGCGGUGAACAAUAGUUUUAACUCUCCAGUUACCUCGAGGAAACUGGAAGAAAUUACAAGGGAGAGGUCCAAGCAGAAGAAUGUAAUACAAGAUUUACUGAUGGACAAACUAGAGGCUCACAAACAAAAAUCCGCGGAGAAGAAGGCAAGAAGAGCUGCCAGAGCUUCAUCUUUUAACUCGACACCCGUUUUGUCACCGAUAAGACCACUAAUACCUAACGCUUCGCCUGUGAACAAAUUUGUGCCCACGUCCAUAGUAACACCAACGAACAGUCCACUGCGAACCACAUUUGCUGAGUCUAAAAAUUCUCUGGUGAUGGAAAGGUCUCAAGAGCCUCAGCAAUUCUCUUGGAAGUCUGAAACUGAAAGGACAGAAAACGACGAAAAGGGCAGAAAUGAGGUUCAACCCUCUGAGAGUGUCACAUCAGUUCAAGCAAACAACGAAGCAGAAAACUUCUUCAAAACACCAGUUGCUCCUCCUAGGUUGAAGCACGAGGAGGCGAAGAGAACAGCAGAAAAGGCAAGGCAAGAUGCUAGAGAAAGAGCUAGAUUGAUGAGCGACGAGGACUUGGGUCUCAGUCCCGAGGACAAGAUCAAGGAAUUGAGAAUGAAAGUGGCCAGAAGACAACUGUCGAUGGAUGAUAAAAAAAGUAAAGAGGAAGCGGAACCUGAACCUAGAGCAAGAUUUUAUAGUACUGGAGCAAGCAAAACUGGAUUAAAGCUCCAGACAAGCAAGAGUACAGACAAUAUGAAGGCUGUAGUAGAAGCAAUAAAUUUUGAAGGUUUAUCUGCUACCAAUGCGAAGUCGAUGGACGAGCUGUUGCAUGCUAGUUCAUCUCCAAAAGCGAAUAACGCCACUACCGUCGUGAAAAGAGACAAAAAGCAAAAGCCGAAGGAUCCUGAAAGAAGAAAGAGUAUCAUUCAGGCAGUGUCGGAUUUCUUUUUCAAGAAAGACUCCUCGCCAUCGCCGUCCAAUCAGAAAGACAAAUUGUCUAUGUUCCGUCUGACAUCUAAAUCGAAAGGCAAAUUAUGUAAAUCAUAUUCGGAAGGGUCAGAUCUUGAUAAGGUCGUACCAGCGAAAACUACUACAAGACCUAAAAGUGUUUGCGAAGGUAUGCUCGCUAGAAAUUUCCUAAACGAACAUCCGCCACCAAUUCCACCACCCCCACUUAACUACACUAUAUGUGCUACACAAGUAUCAGAUGAUAGUUUAUCAGAAGAUGACACGAAGACAACAGCAGUGACGACAUCAUGUAUGCAAAAAGCCACAAUCACAGAAGGAUCGUGCAAUAGUAUUUCUCGUAAAUCAAAAACUACAAAACGAAUAGCUAGACAAGCACAAUUAAAAAGGUUACGUAUGGCUCAAGAAAUACAAAGAAAAUUAGAAGAAACGGAAGUUAAGCAAAGAGAAUUAGAAAGUAGAGGUGUCAGCGUUGAAAAAGCUCUUCGUGGAGAAGGAGAAUGUUCCGAUCGAGAAGAAGCGGAUUUACUCAGGGAAUGGUUUGAUCUGAUGAAGGAACGAACGGAAUUGCGUAGAUAUGAAAAAGAACUUUUAGUACGAGCUCAAGAGGUUCAGCUUGAAGAUCGUCAUGAAAGAUUACAACAAGAAUUACGGGAACGUUUAGCUGACGAUGAUAAUAAAAAGACCAGUGCUGAUGUAAAAAAGGAAGGGGAAAUUUUGACAGAAAUGUUGGAAAUCGUCGCGAAGCGGGAUUCGCUCAUCGCCCUUUUAGAAGAAGAGCGACAAAGGUAUCAAGAUGAAGAUCGCGACCUUGAAGCUCAAAUGUUGGCUAAAGGCCUCAGAUUAACGCCAAUAAAAAAAUGUGGUCCUAAGUAUUCGAUUUAAUAGGAAUCACAUUAUUAUUGUACAUAUACUCCAUUCUAUAUUUUCAUUAAUGAAUUUUAACAAACAUUCAAAUUAAUGAUACUGUAAAUAAGGAGCAAAUAGUAACUUAUACAGAAUGAAGAUUAACUUACAUGUAAGUUUCAUGCAUAAUGAAAUACAUAUUGUAUUAUAAGUCUCUCAUUGCAUAAAAAUGAGUCGCGCAUAUUAAUUUUAAAAUCAUGGACCAAACAUUUUAUUUUAAAUUUUUAACUUCAUGUAAUCGCCUAGUGCGAAUUUUUGAUUCCGAGUCGUACACGUCGUGUAUGUUUCUGAAAGUCUUUGUUCAUUUACAGUAUACAUUUUUUUAUGUAUAAUAUCGAGCAUUUAUAAAUUGCCCGAGCACGUGGAAUUGUAUUAUAAAUGAACUUCGAUCCUUUUCGCUUAAAGCUUAAGGUAAGAUUAACUCAUGAGUAACAAUAUGAUUAUUAAUAUUUAUAUGAUCAUAAUGAAAAUUAUUGCACAUAUAUUGUGCAUACCUGUACAGAAACACAAUGUGACAUAUGGAUUUGAAAAAAAUUUUGUGAAUACAUAUAUAUUUUGUCACUGCGAGAUCAUAGUUACAAAAUAAUUUAUCACACUGAAGAACAUUCUGCCUUUUCAUGUGAAUCAAUCAAAAUGUAAUCAUUAUACAUACAUAAACACAAUUAUUACAGACACAAAAUGUUGUAUUUUGCAAUGUAAUAGAGUAACUAAAGAAGAAGUGAUAUAGUAAAUAUCUUUUGCAUAUAUACACGAACAACAUGUAUAUUCUAUAAUUCAAUAAGAUGUACAAAACUAUAUUUUUGUUCACAAAGAGACUGGUGAAGAGGAUGUACGAAAAAUUAUAAGAUACUAAUAAGCCACAAAUGUGUAAAGUUUUGUAUGAAAUGUAACCAGAAUUGGAAAAUGAACCUAUAUUUACAAUCAGA